AUACAAAUAAGGAAUAAUAUAUAUGGCAAACUAUGUGAUCUUUUUGUGGUUAUUAUAACAGGUCAUUUUCUUAUGAAUGCAUACGUCCUUCGUGAACUGAGUUCAAUACAGUUAAAGUUAACCAAUAUUGAGCAGAGACAAGCAAGAUUGGAAGCUCGUGUUGUUAGUGAUCCGGUUGAUCAGAUAUGUCAAAUUCAAUUUCCAAUUUUUACUUCUCGGCUGCAGUAUUCUGACGUUGAAAAGCACCCAAAGAAUAUGUUGUCAUGGAUGAAGCUUGAAGGAGGAGUGACUGCCCAUGACCAUAUUUCGAGGGUACUGAACAAGUUGCUAUCACAUGGCCUGCAGGAAGUUAUUAACAGGCCUGGAACUCAUGGCAAACUUAAGUUUUUUGAUCAUCUGGAGAAUCUGCUCAAAAUUUCAACUGUUCACUUUUUCCCUGGCAUAACGGCAAAAGAAAUUGAGUUAAAGGUAGCACGAUUUUUCAAUAACGCCAGAGAUCGCUCUGGCGGUCGUCUGCUGCGAUUUAAGAAAAAGGCAGAAGUUUCGAUUGAGGAAGAAAAAGAUAAUGACAGUGAAGUGAGAAGUGAAGAGGACAACGAAGACGAUAACGAUUUCCGACAAAAAAGGCGAAAGACUUUUUCAAAUAACUAAUAUCCGUAGUAAUAUAUAAAUAUAUAAAAAAAAUCUCAAAAUCUAAACAAAAUGUAUAAUAAAAAUCUAAAUAAAAUGUAUAUGAGAAAAUGUAAUACUUAACAAGAAAUAGUAUAUAAAUUAUAUUUUAUA